AUGGCCCAUAAUUCCCAAAACGAUCAUUCAAUAAAUGAACAAGUAAUAGAACAAAGCAGAAUAAGACUGGAAGAACACUGUGAAAUCACAACAAAACAUAGAUCUUUUCAAGAGAGUCAUGAGCAAACAGCUGUAACUCGCAAACAUAAAAAAAAGAAGGAAAAAGAGAAAGAUUUGAAUGAUGAAGAAAGGAAAGCCAAACAGGCCCCUCUCAUGUUCUUUUAUACAAGGGCAUACAUAUCAUUAAGUGGACACACCAUUGAUUUCUAUGGUGCAAAGGAAGACUCCUUUGUGCUUCCACAGAUGCGAUCGAUGAGACAAGAACGUGACGGAAAGCAUUAUCACAUUACGGUGAUUAACCAUAUUGAAGUGCGAAGGUUGACACCGGGUCUGAUAGAAGAGGGCGUAUCCAACCGAAAUAAGCAUCUGACAGCUUUAAAGUGUAUAUAUGAAAAGGUGAUUGACCAAUUUGGUGGUCCCGAACAAUGGGAAACACCCAUCGAUCUUGGCCUUGGCCGUCGUAUCAGUGAGGAUAAUGCUGCUGUUAGUUACUACCGUGUCAUCUAUUGGCCAUUUGGACAGAGUAUGCGAAAAUACUUUGGACUUGAUUUCACAAAUUUUCAUGUCACCUCUGGAUUCUUCCCCUAUGAUGUCCAUGAAUAUAAAGGACCAGGUACUCUCAUGUGCUUACAAGAGGAUCAGCCUUGUAGUAAAGAACAGGCUGAUCUUUUAGUCUCUGUUGCUAGUCAUUAUAGACAUGAUAAAGAGUUUCUAAGUAAACUUUAUCAGACAUGUCAAAGAAAUCGAUAUAUCCAUCAAUUACAUGAAGUUCAAAGGUGGCUUUGA